AUGGCACACAGCGGAGCUCAAGGAUAUGCUCGCAUUUCCUCCGACUCCUGCAUCUACAGGCGGAAGCAGUUUCCAAGCGAAGAUGAUGUGGACCCCCGAUUUGAAAUAAUGGGGCUGGAUGAGAGGGACAUUGAUACUGAUGAAGACCGCGAGCAUGGCAAGAUGUGUCCGCCCUUGUACCGCGUAGCUCGUGAUGGAGAUGACAGUGAUGCGACAGACGAGGGACCGUCCCCGGCUAGGGUGGCCCGCAAGAUCCUGAGCAAGAAGAAGGACUGUCUCCCAAAACGGUCCGCGCUACAACGCUACAAGCUGACCAGGGAGCUCCCAAAAUUCUGGAAUGCACCACCGCGAGUGCUGUGCGUCACGCGGCGGCACCUGCGCAAGGGAAAGUAUGUCGACUUCCUUGGAGAGUACCACCUGGACCUCAUUCAAGAGAACGGGGGUGCAGCCAUCAUGAUCCCCCGAACAGCCUUGACAGUACCCGCCUUGGCCGAGUACUUGCCAAUGGAUGGCCUGCUCGUUGUAGAGGGUAACGACAUCUCCGACGAGGUCCUCAGCAAGUAUGGAUGCUCUGCUCCCGACCGCCUGGACGGAGAAGAUGCCAUGAAGUGGGCCAGUGAUACUGAGUUCGACGUCCCCAAGGAUGAGCUCGAAUUUGCGUUGAUGCGCCUAGCCCUUGAGUCAGGGUGCCCUGUUCUUUCCCUUUGCCGUGGCUCGCAGAUGCUCAACGUGCUCAGAGGUGGAACGCUGAUCGGUGACAUUGAGAAGGAGGUUCCGAAUGCGAUUGUACAUCUGAAGGAUGCAAGUGACCCAACCUACGACACGUACCGCCAUCCGAUCAGAGUGUUGCCAGACACCCCUCUUGCGUCCUGGUUUGAGAAGUCGCUUGUUGACACCGAUGAGCUCAGCGUGAACUCCUACCACCACCAGGGCGUUAAAACAUUGGGAAAAGGCUUGAAGCCAAUGGCUUAUGCGCCGGAUGGCGUGCUUGAGGGAUUCUACGACUCUCGCUACAAUCCAUCGCAGGGACGCUUCAUGGUCGGCUUGCAGUUCCACCCCGAGCGCAUGAUGGAGGACUACCCUGGAUGCAAGAUCGUCUACGAGGUUAUGAGGGCUGAUUUCCCCAGCUGGCAUGGGAGCUUGUGGCCGUGGGGUUGCAUGGCUACACCUUUGAAAGCCACCAGGCUUGUGCAAAGCACAAGCAUGUUUCACGAUGGCACAGCGUACAGCUACAAGCGCACUCCCGCCUUGCAGUGGGCAGUGCGCCUUCUCAAUGUGACAAUCGUGGUUUGCAUCGAUACACGAGCGGCCGAUGCGAAGCUGUUGUCCUCCGUUGUCCUUUUUGUUGUCCUCUGUUUUGUCCUCUGUUGCCCUUUGCUUGACUUUGUUCCUGACAUCUCUCUUGACUCUUUCGAUCGUUCAGUUGUGCGAAAAAGUUGUCGAAUGUGUGGAUUCAUGAAGCCGUUGCAGCAAAAUCUGCAGAAGUUUAUGAAUGCCCCGCUCCAAGACACGACGUCACUACGUUGGUGCAGGCAGUCCGUUCUGCACGACUCUCAAGGGGAAACAUGUGCACUGGCACCGUCUGAAGCGGUCAUCGCUGUGAUCUUCCAGUGGGUGGCAGCAAUGAUUUGGAGUGGUGCAAUUUCACCUGACCCCGAUUCGGAAGAGUCGAAGGAGCUGUACAAGGCCAAAAGACGUCGAUCUAGCGUUCGGGAGCACAUGAGGCUGCAGCCCAAAGGGGCCGGAGCAGGUUGCUCCAAGGUGGAGACUCUGCUGCUCACCUUGGAAGCUGCCAGCAACAACCUGGAGUUGGUGCUGCCAUUCAUUCCCGAACAGCUGCGAGACAGCCUUGCGAGCCCGGAGUUUUCCACCUUGUGCGAGGAGAAGUUCAAAGCCUUGGACGUGGAAGACCGCGGUGAGUUGACGUCCGAUGACCUGAUUCCGGUCAUCGUGGAUCUAAGUCGCGCGCAAAAAGAUUCCAUAUCGGCGGAGCAAUGCAGGAAAUUUGCGGACAUGUUUGACUCCAAUCAGGAUGGGCUGAUCAACAUCACGGAGUUUACACAAAUGGUUCAAUUUGUCACUGUUGCCGGGUGGUUGGAGAGUGAGGAAGGAAAGGACAUUGUCCAACAGGCAGAGGUCGCAGACCGCUCCUUCCAGGACUUGAUAAGGAUGAUCGAGGCAGACAAGGAGCGGCUCUGGAGCAUCAUCCCCUUUCUCCCAGAAUGGCUCGUGAACCACCUCACGGGCAAGGAGUUUGAGGAGGCCUGUCACGAGCAGUUCGAUGGUCUGGACGCGGAUGGUAGCGGCAGCCUCGAGCCCAUGGAGCUGAUCCCCAUCAUUCAAGCCAUCUGCCAGACGGAGGAACACGGAGUAACCAUCACAGAGGAGCGGUGCCAAAGGUUCACGUCGCUCUUUGACACAGAUGGCAAUGGGGUGAUCCGGCGGGAUGAGUUCAUUGAGUUUGCUCAAUUCCUGACAGUCAUGAACUUCCUUACGAACACGGAGGAAGGACUGGAUGUGUCGAAAAAGGCCUCCAACGUGGUGCAGGGUGCUGACACAAACCAGAUCAUGCUGCAGAUGCUCGAGGAGGACCCCGAACGCUUGAACGACGUCUUGCAAAAGCUCCCAAAGCCUCUCUACUGGGAAAUCACCAGCCUCGACUUUCAGAAGGCUUGCAUGGAUGGCUUCAAGGCUGCCGCUGGCGAGGACUGCGACGCCGGCAGCACGGUGCCUCCCGGCAUGCUGGUGCCAGUCAUCAACCAGCUCAUCCAGGUGCAUCCUUUCCGCAUCAGUGAGGAGCAGUGCAACCACUACAUGAGUAGAUGGGAUCGGGAGCUGAAGAAUUCGGUGACGCCUGCAGAGUUCCUGCUCUUGGCGCGCUAUUGCAUCGUCAUGGGUUACCUCACGUACCUCGUGGAAAAUCAGGAUGCCCUCAUGGCCGACGUGAUGCUUGGCCAAGAGAAGAUGGAGUCUGUCUUGCAGUCGCUCAGACAGGGCUCUGAGAUGGUGUGGGAUGUGCUGCCCUUCCUGCCGCAGUCCCUCAUCGACGAGCUUUCGAGCGCAGAGUUCGAGCAGUCCUGUGACGAAUUCUUUGCGCAGCUGGACAAGGACGGGAACGGCACCCUGGAGCCUGCGGAGCUCUUGCCCGUUGUCCAGGAACUGACUCAGGCGCAUGCCUUCGUUCUCACGGAAGAGCACUGCAAGAAGUUUGUCGACCUCUUUGACAUCGACAGGAAUGGCGUCAUUGCCAAGCACGAGUUUGUGAACUUUGUGCGGUACAUGAUGAUCAUGUCCUUCAUGGAAACUCCAGAAGGCCAGCAGGCGAAGAUGGAGGUAGAGGUGGAGAAGAGCAGUCGCGCAGUUGAUCGCCUCUUGCAUCAACUCCAGAAGGAUCGCGAUGCCAUCGUGAAGGUCAUGCCGCUGCUGCCAGAAGCCAUCUACAGUGAGCUGGUGAGCCAGAAAUUUGUCACGCAGUUCUCCGAGCAGUUCAAAGCCCUUGACAAGGAUGGAAGUGGGGUGUUGGAGCCCUCGGAGCUGUUCGACAUCAUCGUCUCGCUCUCUUCUUCACAGCCUUUUGCUGUUACGCCGCAGCAGUGUGAAGCCUUCACUUCCAUCUUUGACCUGCAUGGCGAUGGAGUUCUCCGGCAUGACGAGUUUCUGGAUUUCGCCAGGUUCCUGUGCAUCAUGAGCUACCUCCACAGCCCGGACGGAGAGGUUGCGGCGGCCGAAGCUUUGAAGGUCCUGGAGGACAGCAGGCGCAUCGAGGACCUCCUGGCAGCGCUCGAGCGUGACCACGAGGCCGUGCAGCAGGUGGUCCCUUUCUUGCCGCAGUGGCUCAGGAAUGACCUUUUAAGCGAGCGCUUUGUGACCGAGUGCGUCACCUUCUUCCAGGAUUUGGACAAGGACAAGAACGGCACCCUCGAGCCCGAGGAGCUCUUCCCAAUGGUGCGAAGCAUGGCGGAUGCUCACAGCAUGGCGCUGGAUCUGGAUCAGUGCAAGCGCUUCUCCCAAAUUUUUGAUGUCAACGGCGAUGGCUUGAUCGAGUUGGACGAGUUCGUCAAUUUCUCUCGCUUCAUGAUUGUGAUGUCGUUCCUGCACAGCCAGGAGGGGCAGCUGACACUGUCGAUUGCAAUGGAGCCAGAGGCGAUGGCCCUGAUGAACGGAGAGUUGCCUGGAGGCCCGCCUCCUGUCACGCCGCAGCCACAUGAUGUUGUCAGCCCGGGCAACAUGAGCCCGUUGCCCAUACUCAAUACCGCAGAGGAGCUUCGACAGUUCGAGAUCCGCCGGGGCGUCAUUGCUGGCAGGGAAGCGCUGCUUCGCCAAAGGCUGGCAGCAGCUGGCCAGGUCGUGACUCCUCCGGCAGGGGCUAAUGCGGAAUCCACCAAAAGUACUUUUGGAGGUGCAAGCGAUGAAGCACCAUCAGAGGCAAGUCCUUCGCGGGAGCCAGUGAUGUUCAACAUUGACGAUGAUGCUGGCUACCCGAAGAUCACGCGGCCCACCUCUCUCGAGGACUGGGAGCAGGGACUCGAAAUGCUGUCGACGGCCGGGCAGACGCGAGAUCGCGCAGCCAGCCUCAGAAGUGAACUGAAUGGUGCCUUGGUCAUUGGUCCUUUUGUGAGCACUUCAGACUUGGUCACUGAGAACUCCUGGCAUGUCCUGUUGCUGUCACAGCCGUUUAUCACAUCCACAGGUUCCAGCAUGAAUGAUGGGCACAGUCCGGGAGAGAUCGCUUCCUUGAUCCGGCUCGCCGAGCACCUGGAAGGUGCCUAUGAGAAGGAUGACUCUCCAGAGCUUGCAGAGGCCAUGGACCUCUUUAUUGAGGCGCACUCGCAGCGCUACAUCUUCAGGGACACACGGUAUGGUGCAAUGGAUCGCUAUGUCCAGCUCUUUCGGCGUUUGCAAGAGGAGCUUCGGCAGGUAAUGCCAUCGCAUCACCAGGCGAAGACAGGCAGGGUGUACACACUGAGGAUACUGCAGUGCUUGCGGCUUCUCACGCGAGACCCUGAUUUCCAGCUUGCGCUACUGGAGAAAGGGUGGAAGAAGUCGGCCUUUGAGGAAACCGAGCCGGGUGCGGAACGUGGUCGUGAGCUGCCGACACCAGUGCCGCCUGCCUGCUACCGGGUCAUUGCUCCGGACCUGCCUGGGUUGCCGCCACCCAGCCUUCGCCCAGGAGCUAGCGCAUCUCCUCGAAUGACGUGGCGGAGCCCUGAACCCCUAAAGAGGUCCCCGUCCGUGGAGAUUGUCGAGGAGAUGGCGGGUCCGGCCUACCUAGCAGAUGAGCGCGAGCGCUUCCGCCUUCCUCCGCUGGAAAGGGGUGGCACCGAAAGCCGGCUGGCUGCGUACGCCUUGCAAAGCCGAGCGCCUGAAGUACUGAGGCUUUUUCCAGAGCUUGUGUCGGAGUACCUGGCGGAGGUGGAGGGUGGCUUUGGACAAGGCAUGCAGUUCGAUGAUUCUUCUGCUGGGAUGGCCAACAGGCUUGUGGUCACUGUUGCUGGCCUUUGCGUCUCCGAGAUCGCGGGCAUGCUCAACCGCUAUGCCAGCACCGAGGACAGACGGAGCCGAUUGGCAGAGAUGGGUGCUCUGCCCUCCGUGGCCAGACUUCUUCACAGGGACUGCCACCCUCUUGUGCAACGGUGCGCCCUUGAGACGGUGGUGCAACUGACAAGGAGUCCAGCUGUGUUGGAGCACCUGGAGCAAGUCUCGGCACAUGAAAGCUUCAAGCAUAAAUGUAUAAAGCUGGGUAGAGUAGUGUUCGGCAAAUCCCGUGUAGCCUUCGGUUCUGUGCUGGGCGCCAUGAACCCCAGUGGUCCUCCGGUCGCUCCCGGCACCGUGGAGCUGGCGGGCGGCCCCAAGCUUUCUCGCAGCGAAGCGCGACGGCUAAGGGAGGAGGAGGAAGCCGCCGCGGUCAAGUCGCUUGCAGAAGCUUGGAGGCUUGGCACCAAAGCCAAGCUAGUUGAGGAACUGAACGAGGAGGAGGAGGCGAAGAAGAACGAAGCACGCGAGAGAUCCCGGAGCAGGGAGAAGAAGGAAACACUCGAUCGCCUGGCUAAGAUUGCAGCAGAGAAGGCUGCAGCCAAAGCGAAGGAAGCUGCCGAGGCUGAGGGUGAUGAUGCGCCGGCUCCAGAGAAGAAGCUAAGCAAGGCUGAAGAAGCAAAGCUGCUCCUGGCGAAGGAGAAGGAGAAGGCUCGCCUUAAGAAGCAGGCGAUGGAGGAGGCAAAGAAGGAGGAGGCUUUGCCACAGCUGGAUGCUGCCGACACAAACAGUGGCAAGCUGUCGUCCUUCAUCCAACACGGUUUGCGGCUGCUGCUGUCCUCGGAGUGGUCGCUGAAGAAAUUGGCUGCGCAGCUUCUGGACCAGCUGCUCCAAGGCCCCGGCGGCCGCCAGCGCUUUCGAAGGCUGCAGGCGCUGCCCUUGGUCCUGAACCAGCUGAGAGUCUACUCGGACCUCUCGGGAGGUGUUGAUCAGGAACAAGCUUGCAUGUGGCUUCACCUGCUGAUGUGCCUCAAGAACCUUGCACGCGACCACGUGGAGAGCGGCGAUCAAUGGGCUGUGCAGGAGCUACUGGAGCACAAUGCUUUGGCCGUCCUCCUGAGACUCAUGAGGGUGUGCUACAAGUCCCAUGAUGCCAACUUGGAGGUGGUCCUGGCCGCCCUGGAUGCCAUCACCCAAAUGUGCAUGGAUGACGAAUGUGCGCUGAAACUGCGGCUGCAUGCUGACGGCUUUGUUGCCCUUGGGGCCCUGAUGCUGGAGCUGUCGCCAAGUUUGGGGCCACUACCGAUCAUGGAGGAUGAUCUCGAAGGAAGCUUUCAAUGCCAGGCAAGGGACGUGCAGCGUGCAGCUGCCAGGUUGCUGCGGUUCCUAUUUGCUGUUGAGCGAAAUCGCAAGGCAUUCAAGCACAUCUUUGCCAUUGAAAAGCUCCUGGCGCGAUUUGUCGACAUUGGCAACUAUGUUUGGCCUCUGGAGGCGUACGAUAGCUUCUUGGAUGUGUUGAAUGGCUUGACCGAAAAAGAGCUAACAUUUCUGCACACCCGCUUCGGCAGGUACAGAGAUUUCUAUGGAAAGGGCAGAGAUGUUCCCACACUUGCACCACCUCAGCCAAAGACCGCUGAUGGUACGAAUUCGCCUAGUGGCUUCCGUGAAGGAACGCGAGAUGAAUGGGACUGUGAGCGAGUUGUUUCUGGCUACGAGCUCGUGGAGUGCGUUGGUUCUGGUGCCUUUGGCCGUGUGCAUUUGGCACGCCGGGCUGAUAUGCCAGGUGAUUUCGCUGUGAAGGAGAUCUCUCUUUCGGAAGUCACGGUGCUGCCAAAUCCAGCGCAGCAUGAGUGUACGCCGAGAGCUCGCACUCCUCAGCAUGCUGCCCAGGACGUGGUUGCGGAGGACAUUAAUUUGGAAGUGCAUCUGCUCCGGCAGCUCGAUCACCCGAAUGUGGUGCGGUAUUUUACUUCUUUCAUAACCGGUGCCGGUUCGGCAAGCACCCUUUGGAUAGUGAUGGAGUUCUGCAGCGGGGUGCCGCUUCAAGCUCUGACGGCUUCUGCCAAAGAAAAAGGCCUGCAGAGGCUUCCAGAGCAGCAGACAUGGCGGAUUUUUGUACAGAUUUGCCUCGCGCUGCGAUACCUUCACAUCGAAAAGCGCAUUGCCCAUCGCGACCUUUCUCCCAACAACGUCCUGGUGCAGUCGCACUCGCUUGCGGUCAAGGUAACCGAUUUCGGACUUGCGCGUCAGAAAGGCGGCGCCGCCUCCCUGAUGAAGUCCAUGGUUGGUACAAUUCUGUAUUGCAGCCCGGAGAUUGUGCAGCAUAGGCCCUACACGAACAAAGUUGACGUAUGGGCUCUAGGCUGCCUGCUGUACCGGAUGGCGACGCUUCGGGAUCCCUUUACUGGAGGCAAUCCAAUCAGCGUGGCAAGGAAGAUCGUGGAAUGCGACUACGAACAUCUUGGAGCUGAGCACUCCAGGCUUAUGCAAGUGACUUGCGAGGAGUGCCUUACCGUUGAUCCCGAGAAACGGCCUGGAAUCGAAGAGGUUUGUCAGCUGAUCACACCUGCCUUCAUGCAGCAACUGGAGACCGUUCAGCGAGCCAUGACCUCGCAUUGUAGUGAUAUGCAGACGCUGCAGGGAAGCCACUACUCGGGUACUUCAGCGUGGGAUGAUUAUGGCAGCCAUGGCAGCCAUGGCAGCGUCCAGGGGCACUGCACGCCAACUGAGUCGCCGUCGCCGCGAACGCCGAGUGAGGACCUGUCCUGCGCAACACCGGGCCCAGGUGGCAAAAAUCUCGUGCGCGUGCCGCGGCGAGCCUUGCGCACUGUGGCGGAUCCCGCUCAGAAGGCCAUGGCGGUGGUACACCGUCUGGCCUUCUUAGGUCACCUGCCAGGCUGCGAUGAUUCGCAAGACUCGCAUCACUGGGCGGUUUGCCGAUACCAAGAGUGGCUGUUUUCAAGUCCCGGUCAUGCAGCUAUCCUGAAGCGGGAGGUUACAAGGCUCAUGCAGAGAUCUUCAGAGCUCGUCGAGUGCCGUGAUCCUUUGGGUCAGUUGCCGCUGCGUGGAAGUGCCGGUGCAGACGUGGCCUCCCUGGCACUUAGCUAUGAGCAGCUCUACCAGUAUGUUAUCCGAGUCUCCUCGUUCUACGGAUACUCCUGUGUUCCUGAAACAGGACCACCCGUGUCCUCAAUGCCGAGCGUUGGCAGCCACAACAGCUUUAACGGAUGA